UAUGGAGUAAUGUAGAUUCCAAUUCAGUGGCAUGACGGUCAGUCGGUCAUUGAAGAAGCAAAGCCCUACACCCGCCGGGAACACAGCGACUUGGUUUCUCGACAAGUGUCGGAACAUGUCAUCUCGGCCUUCGACACGUUUCAUGGCCUCCCUCCUUUUACUACUCUUCUAUUCCUUGGCCGAUUCUUUUGCAGAUCUGCCGUCACAGUUUCAAGCCCAACAAGAGUUGACCGACAUCAACAAGUCAGCUAUUUUACCAACUUGUCCUUGCCGUCGAGCUGCCACUCUCCUAGAAAUGGACAGUAAAAAUGGCAAUAAAUGUCCGAAAAACAUUACUGAAGCUUCACAAAGUAGACAUGGGUUGACUUUUUUGGAUGCUGAUUUCUUUAACGAUAUAAAGGUUCUUGAGAUUGCAAAGGGUGCAAAAGAGUUCAAUAUUCCUAUAAUAAGAACCAACAGGAAGUUAGUUGCUUCUAUUAAUGGAGGGCUGCAUAACCCUUCUCCUCUGGUUUUUAACCCCGAGUGGAGCAAGGAGCAAUCACAAGGCAAGGCCAGCAGGUUUAAUCAUCCUUCAGCCUUCGGCAUUCAAAGGCCAAUUAAUGAAGAAGAUAUAGCCUUUAUGAGUGUUCUCGAACUAGGAGAACUCAUAAAGAAAAAGCAGAUUACUUCCGAGGAGCUUACAGGAAUUUUUCUUAAGAGAUUGAGAAGAUACAAUCCUGUACUUGAAUCUGUAGUUACUUAUACUGAAGAUUUAGCUUACCAGCAAGCGAAAGAAGCUGACAAGUUGCUCUCUCAAGGAGUGCAUUUAGGACCUCUACAUGGCAUCCCUUAUGGAUUGAAGGAUAUAAUCUCAGUACCUCUCUACAAGACAACUUGGGUUUCAACAACUUUCAAAAAUCAAGUGCUUAAUAUUGACGCAUGGGUGUAUAAGAGGUUAAAAUCUGCAGGGGCAGUUCUUGUUGCAAAGCUUGUUACUGGAUCACUGGCAUAUGAUGACAUCUGGUUCGGUGGGACUAGGAACCCUUGGAACAUUGAGGAAUUCUCUACGGGCUCAUCAGCUGGGCCUGCUGCCUGCACCUCAGCUGGUAUGAUUCCAUUUGCAAUUGGUUCAGAAACAGCCGGUUCCAUUACUUAUCCUGCAUCUCGGUGUGGUGUGACAACAUUGCGGCCAACUUUUGGUUCAGUCGGACGAACUGGUGUGAUGAGCCUAUCAGAAAGCUUGCUUGGUCCAUUCUGUCGAAAUGCUGCUGAUUGUGCAGUUAUUCUAGAUGCCAUCCGAGGGAAAGAUCCAGAUGAUCUUUCUUCAGGAGACAUUCCCUUUGGUGACCCAUUCUCUGUUGAUAUCACAAAGCUUACGGUUGGUUAUCUUGACGAUGCUGACAUGGAGGUUGUUCAUGUGCUUGAAUCAAAAGGUAUUAAGGUGGUUCCUUUCAAACUGAAUUACACUGUCGAUUCUGUUCAAGGCAUCCUAAAUUUCACGAUGGAUGUUGACAUGUUAGCACAUUUUGAUGAAUGGCAACGAUCUGGGAAGGAUGAUGAUUAUGAAGCUCAAGAUCAAUGGCCUGUUGAGUUACGUCGUGCACGUGUAGUUUCAGCUGUAGAUUAUUUGCAGGCACAAAGAGCUCGUGGAAAGUUAAUCCAAGAAGUGAAAGAAAACUUCAAUAUUGAUGCAUUCAUUGGAAAUGCAACGGAUUGGGAGCGAGUAUGCGUGGGAAAUCUCGUAGGUUUGCCAGUAAUUGUUGUUCCAACUGGGUUCAAAAACAUACCCAAUCCACCUCCAACUGGUACUCGGAGACGAACCACAGUCAACACGGGCAUAUAUGCUCCUCCUAACCAUGAUCACAUCGCAUUAGCCUUAGCAAUGGCUUACCAGUCUGCAACAAAUCAUCAUAAGCAGCGGCCCCCCAUAGAUGAUCUGGGACCAAACGGCACAAUACCCAAUCCCCCUACCGUUCCCAUCCCUCCUAGACGCUUGCAUAUGUAACAGAGUUUGUAAGAAACCUUUUAGUGCCUUACAAUUGUCAAAGCCUGCUCCAGACUGUAACCUGUACCUAAGAACAAUAUCAUCAUUCAAAAUGGCAAGAUUUGAUGGAUACCCCGUUUAGGUUUUUUUUUCCUUCUUGUUUCUUUCGUCAUAUCACGAUUCUGUUUAACAUCUGAUUCAGUAGGCAAGCGUAAGUUGAUGUAUUGAGAGUUUGAAACUUCAGUUUUCAGCUGGAAGUUUUGCAGGUUUAAUCCAUCUUAUUACUUACCCCAGAA